UAUAAAAUAUGUAUUAUGUGCGUUUGGUUUGUAUUGGAUGUAUACUAAACAUCUAAAAAUGCAUUUAUAUCCUAAUCGUUAUGCAUUAUUUAUUGUGAAUAAACGCACGACUUAAAUAAUUCUAUAUAAUUUACAGUAUUCAAGUAGUACGCAAAUUAUCAUUUUAACCAACAAUAUUCUUUAGCUUAAUUAAUAUGUCAAAAGGUUGAAAGUUUAGAAGACCUUCAGAGGUCAACACAGUUUGGGAUGAAUUUGGAUCAUAAUAUGUACAAUUUAAUGUAUAUGAGAUGUAUAAUAUAUUUAUGUUAUAUCCGUGGUUUUAAAAUUUGUCCUUUAUUAUUGUGUCAAACUGACCAAAGAACAUUGAUAAGAACAAUUAUUAACUAUUGCAGUAACAUACCUAGUGGUAUCCUAUCUCAAUAUUUCAUGUAAUUAUUAAGUAUGUAAUUAUAAAGUUGUUACCUUGUGUAUAUUCUUAUUUGUUAACUAUAAGCUGAAGAUGUUAACAUUUUUUGAAACUGGGGAUUUUGGCCUCCUUUUGGCUGUAGUAAAAUUUAAGAUUUUGGAACCGUAAUGUGAUGUGCGAGAAAUUCUUGAUUAUAGGUGUUGAGUGAAAAAGCUGAUUACAAAUCGUGUUCGCAAUCAUGGCAAACUAUAACAAUCAACAAGCCCAAAAUGCAUUUAAAAAUGAUGGCUCAUUCCUAGAAAUAUAUCAACGCUUUCAACAACAGCAACAGCAGCAAAAAGCUAAAUUGGCAGAACUACCAAUACUUGAUGUACAAGUAUCUCAAAGUUCACCUGCUCCUUCUGCUGCUACUAAUUGUUCUACUACUACUACUACUACUAUUACUUCUGCAGUUGCCUUUGAAAAACGAUCUGAAACUCUUAAAACGUUGCCAAUAAUUGGCAAACGUAAAAAUAAAGCGUUGAAAACGGGUGUGGUUAAAAAGGUUAAACCGGACGAUGAAAAAAAAUUAUCCAAACCUACAGACGCUUGGUCAUUGUAUUUAGAUGAAGUUAAACGUUAUCAAGAAACAGUGGGAGAACAGGAUAAUAAGACUAGACCUCUUGUAAAAUAACUGAUGAUAAAAUUCUCCUGUAUAAAUAAUAUUUGUAAAUAAAUACCAUACUUUUGCAAUAAAAUACAAACUAAAAAUGUCUAUAUUCAAUCAGAAAUAAUCACUUACUGAAAUUGUUAAAUAAUUUUUAACAGGAUUUUUUUUAUUGUUACUUUUUUUUAAAUAAGUUACAAAAUUAUAUAAGUGUACAACAUAUUAAUUA